AUGCCGUCUUCUAGUAUGGCAGCGGUGGAGGCCACCUUGCAGACCAACGGCACAGAAAGCACUUCAAGACCACCUCUAUCCAUCGCUCUGCACGUUCCUACCUCAGCCGUCGACCAGGUCAACUCAGCCCAAGGCAGUACGGCUCCUCUGUCGGGCAACCCGAAUCGGCGCUCACACAUCCAGCAGAAUGUCCAGGCACUUCCCACGCUCCCCGAAGCGUCACACGCCAAUGCACUCAACACAGCCACGGGACCCGCACCAGCAGCGCUCGGACUUACCGCCGACCUCACUCCCACCACAGCCGCUGCCCUCAACGGGCUCAGCCCGGCGCAAAAGACCCUGACUCUCUCACGCUCACAAGGCUACGAUCUGAUCGUCCUCGAGCUCGCAAACGGGCGCUGGAAGGAACGAUGGGAGCGACUCUGCCUUGCCAAUCCAGCCGACCUGCCUUCCACAUCCGCAUCUGCCGUGCCGACACUGAACACGCCUGCAGGAGGAGCCUCACUCGCUCGCAGCAGCAGUCGACAGGGUCUCAAUAGCUUUUCCGCUAAUGGAGGAAGGCAUUCGCCGUCGCCUACUACCACCAAUGCGGGUCAAACCUUCGCAAACAUCGCCCGCGAGGCAGAAGAUUGGCGAAAGGCACCCGCAUUCAAGCGCUCCGAAGUCAACCUGACCAAGCUCGAAGAGACCGAAGGCGUCAUUGCGCUUGCCAGUCCAUGGAUCGAGCUGGAUUCACCCGACGAGGGCGUUCGUCUCGAUUGCGAACUCGCCCUACGACAAGAGCUCGCCUAUGCCUCCUACCUCGGCAUCUCCAAUGUUGUCGUCCCACCCCCAUCAUCCGAUCCCGCCCGUCGACCUUUCCUGGCCGACUACGCUCGUGCGAUCAAUUCUUGCCUCUCCAGCGGCAGUGCAGAGACGGCUCCCGCCGGAUCGUGGAUGACCAUCACCAUUCAGCUUCCCAUCUCGUCGCCGCACCAGCUCAGUAAGGUCCUUUCCCGUCAGCAAGGGCGAAACGGACUCACAGCCUCCACCACCGCUGGUAGCACCGCAUCGGCGAGCUCGCAAGCCUCGCACGCCAGCGCUGCUUCGUCAGCAGCCAUGCUCCGCGCCGAAGACGACUGGGCCUGGGAGACGUGGGAGCAGAUCCGACAGCUGUGCUCCUACAACACGCGACUCCAGAUUGCCCUGGACCUCGGUCACCCUUUGCCCGGACCCAGUAUUCUGGCCCGUUGGAUGGCCGAGCCGGUGAGCAUGCUCUGGGUGCCCUCUGCGUCCUACCUCGCCAACGCCAAGGGUUUUCCUGUGCUGUCGAAGGCGUCCCAGGCGUUCUUCCGCUCCAUGUUCAAGAAAAACCCCACCGUCGUGCUAAGCGGCGUUCAGAGUCCCCCACCCACGCAUUCGCGAGGUGGACCCCUGGCGUAUCUGCAGUACGUGCGUCACUUGGAAAAGGCAACACCACCCGACGGAGCGGUAGACUCGUUCGCCCGCGGAUACACCGAUUGGCUCCAAGCACCGCUCCAGCCGCUGAUGGACAAUCUCGAGGGCACGACAUACGAGGUGUUCGAGCGCGACCCGGUCAAGUACGCGCUGUACGAGGAGGCAGUGUACAAAGCGCUGCUCGACCGGCCCGUCACAGCGAGCACGCUGAUCUGGGUGUGCGGUGCCGGUCGCGGACCUCUGGUGGACCGGUGUCUCAACGCGGCCGAUCGAGCCGGUCGCGCCAUCCGACUCGUAGCGCUCGAGAAGAACCCGAACGCGCUGGUGACACUGCAGGAGCGACAGACGCUCGAGUGGGGCGACCAAGUACGUGUUCAGCACGGCGACAUGCGUCGUCACCCCGUACCGACCAGCAUGGCCGAGCGACCCGAUAUCGUCGUCAGCGAGCUCCUCGGCAGUUUCGGAGACAACGAGCUCUCCCCCGAGUGUCUAGAUGGUGCGAUGCGCUUCCUCAAACCGAACGGCAUCUCGAUCCCGGCUUCGUACACCGCCUUUCUGUCGCCACUAUCGUCAUCGAAGCUCCACACAGAGGUGUUGAACGGGUCGAAUGCCGCCCUGGCCUCGACGGCACAGAAAGCAGCCGAGACGCCCUACGUCGUGCUCUUCCAGAACGUCUCGCUUCUCGCCUCGCGGGGUAGUGGUCGAUCCAACUCCGAGCCCGUCCAAGAAUCGUGGACGUUCGAACAUCGCCCGUCGUCCCUCACACCGCUGGUCUACGACGAAACAGGCCUCCCAUCUUCGAACGGGCACAACAUUCGUUCGGCCAAACACACGUUUCACAUCGCGCAGCCGUCCACCUGCCAUGGGCUGGCGGGGUACUUCGAGGCGCAUCUGUACGAUAACGUCGUGCUGUCGAUCCACCCGGAUCCGGUUAGGGGGUCGAAGGACAUGUUGAGUUGGUUCCCGAUCUACUUUCCCUUCCGCGAACCGCUGUAUUUGCCAGCGGGCGCAGAGUUGGAUGUGCACAUGUGGAGAUUGACCAAUGGCGAGAGGGUGUGGUACGAGUGGUCCGCAGAGUCGUUCCUCACGUUGGACGGGAGGGGUGCGAGACCGAUUUCGUUGGAUGCGAGCUCGUCUGUUGGGUCGAACGGGGUGGCUGAGGGAGGGAACUUUGGAAAUGCCCCACAGACGCCGAGGAUCCCGAGUGUCAGCUUGACGCACCAUCAAGUCGAGGGUUCGGCGGGGGCGAGGGACAGUGUCAUCGCAGGACAGCCUCAGACAAGGGUCAAAAUCGGUAUGACCCGACUGCACAAUCCUGGUGGCAGGAGCUCUUGGAUUGGCCUGUGA